UCGUCCCUUGGAGGCAGGGCUCAGAGGUGCUCGGAGCAGCUCGAAGGAAAGGUGCUGAAGCCUGUCCCUCCUCCCAGGGAGGCAGGUGGGUUAGAGGAACAACCCUGCCGAAGCUCCAGAGCUCUGAAAUGUGAUCCUGCCGGAGGCACCUCCCUGGGCCCCACCUCGCCCUCUCCGACCUAUAUAUGUGCCCGGCCUGGGGCGGGGGACGCGGCUGGCACAGUCCCCGGAGUCCCUGCCGAUGGACAGGCCGAGGCACCAGGGCAUGGCCAAGAACACGAACCUGCGCUGGCGGCUCCCGCUCGUCUGCCUCCUCUGGGAGGUGGCCAUGAUCGUCCUCUUCGGGGUCUUCGUGCGCUUCGGUGCCGAAGCUGACGCGCACUGGGAGGAGGAGAAACGAGAGAUGAACCUGACUAGUGACAUGGAGAACGAUUUCUACUUCCGAUAUCCCUCUUUCCAGGACGUCCAUGUGAUGAUCUUUGUGGGCUUUGGCUUCCUCAUGACCUUCCUCAAGCGCUAUGGAUUCGGAGCUGUGGGUUUCAAUUUCCUCCUUGCUGCCUUUGGGAUCCAGUGGGCUCUCCUGAUGCAAGGCUGGUUCCACUCUUUCAAGGACGGGAAGAUCCUCAUUGGCGUGGAGAACCUGAUCAAUGCUGAUUUCUGCGUGGGCUCUGUGUGCAUCGCCUUUGGGGCCAUCCUGGGCAAAACCAGCCCCAUACAGCUCCUUGUCAUGACUUUGUUUCAAGUCACACUCUUUUCAGUGAAUGAGUACAUCCUCCUCAACCUUCUUCAUGUAAAGGAUGCAGGUGGCUCCAUGACCAUUCACACCUUCGGAGCCUACUUUGGCCUCACGGUGACACGGGUCCUGUACAGACCCAACCUGGAGCAGAGCAAGGACAAGCAGGGCUCCGUGUACCACUCCGACCUCUUUGCCAUGAUCGGUACCCUGUACCUGUGGAUGUACUGGCCCAGCUUUAACUCAGCCAUUUCUGACCACGGGGAUGCCCAGCACCGGUCUGCCAUUAACACCUACUGCUCACUGGCUGCCUGUGUCCUCACCACCAUGGCCUUCUCCAGCAUGCUGCAAAAGAAGGGCAAGCUUGACAUGGUGCACAUCCAGAAUGCCACACUGGCUGGCGGCGUGGCCGUGGGCACCAGCGCCGAGAUGAUGCUGACUCCCUACGGUUCCCUCAUUGUCGGCUCCAUCUCUGGCAUCGUGUCCACGGUGGGCUAUGUCUACUUCACGCCUUUUUUGGAGUCUAGGUUGCACAUUCAGGACACAUGUGGCAUCCACAACCUCCAUGCCAUGCCAGGCCUUAUUGGGGGCAUUGUGGGGGCCAUCACAGCAGCUGCAGCCACCGAGGAUGUGUAUGGAAAGGAAGGGUUCAUCAAGGCGUUUGACUUCACGGGCGUGUACCAGAGGCGGACACCCAGCAUCCAGGGAGGGUUCCAGGCAGCCGGCAUCGUGGUGUCUCUGCUGAUGGCAUUUGCUGGGGGGGCCAUCGUGGGGGCCAUCCUGAAGCUGCCCAUCUGGGGGGACGCGGCGGCCGAGAAGUGCUUCGAGGAUGACAUUUACUGGGAGGUGAGGGGGCGCGGGGCGGGGGGCACGAGAUGGCGCUGUCGGCCCGCGGCCCGGCCCGGGGGGCUCAGGGGGCUCUGCCGCAGGUGCCGGAGGACGAGGAGAGCGAUGUGUACCGCAUGCACAGCCCCGACAAGCCCGCCUCGCCCUGAGCCGCGCCCCGCCGCCGCACCCAGGGAUGCUCUUCUCGCCGUGACCGCAGGGAUCUGCCCUGCUCUGCUUUUGUAUCGAGCUGCUGUGGAUGGAAUAAAGUCUUGUUCUUCUUUCCUGGCCUGUGCUGCCGUGUGUCAGUGGCCGAGCGGGGUGGGAUGUGCGGCACAGCAGCUGCCAGGAGAGCUCUUGGCUGCCCGGGGCAAAGCAGAGGCUCUGGGACACUCCCGGUCCCUGGGGACAAAGUGGAGGCGUGAAGGGUGGCAACACAGGCUGGGUGUAUUAGACAGUGUGUUAGAUAAUGCGCUCUGGGGAGAUACCUGGUUUGGGAGAUGGCACCUUGAGAUGACAGCCCCCACAGCGGGGGUCAGCACCCGUGGGAAACACAGGCUGGGCUGGUUCUUUUUGAGGAGGGGAUGCUGGGGUGCAGCAGCUGAGCCUCUACUCAUUCUGCCAUCCACGGUGGGGGUGAGGGCCACCUGUGAAUCCAGCUACACUUCUACAUGAUGGCCUCUGCCACCUUCCCUUGAACUGCCCUGCCAAGGCUUCCAUCAGCUCCUUGGGAACCUUGUUUGCAUGUACAGCACAGACUGACAGGACCCUUUCCUCUUUUUUGGUUUCAUCCAUUUCUUCCAGUGUCAUCAGAUGGCUCUUUCCACUGUCUGGUGCUAUUCUGACGGGAAGAGGACAGCCCCUGUCUCUUAGCUGGACCAUCAGGCUUCAGCCAGAGUUGGAGGAAACAGGGAUGAAAACCAGGCCCAAAAUCCUGCAUGUUUUCCAGGAUGAUAUAAUAUGAGGAGCAGAAAAGGAAAAGGGAGGGGGGGAAAGGAUGUAGGAGUGCUGAUAGGUCUCUUCACUGCAUCUAGCUGUAAUUCUUACACCUGAGGGGGGGAGUCAAAAGUAGCUAUUCACAUCCCCUUGGGAUAUGACACCCUCAUUUUCCAUGCUGGGUAAAGACAAAAACCCUUUACAACAUGUUUCUGGAAUUUGUCAGCGGCUGCCAGCAGCAGCAUGUUAAUUAAAUGUCGGCAAAGAUGGAAGCAAGAGGCUCUGCUCUAAUUGGACACUUUGCUUGGUGGAGCUGAAAAACAUUGUGACAGAGGAGGAGGUGCCGAAACACUGUGUUCCCCUGCCAUGGCGGGGACGGGGACAGCCAGGCACGGGAGACGCUCUCUCCUGUACACGCAUUGCCUCCGUUUGGCCUGAAACAACCUCACCAU